CACCCCUAACAAACACUAGUGCGUUUCCACUUCUCGACGCGGUCGGUCGUGUCGUUACUCGACGAUGGAAGAUCGCGAUUUUUGAAUUCGGAAUGCGUGCGUGAUUUUUAACGGUAUCGAGGGAAAACUUUUAGUGGUGUGGUUAGUGAUUUUUUUUUCGUUUAAAAUAGUGUUUGGCUUUUAACUGUGGAUGAUAAUUUAGUGAUUUGUGGGAAGUGACGUGAUUUUACUGAAUAAAAGAAUGUUCGCACACGAUCGCACCAACAGAUAACAGUAAAAAUGACCAUUAACUUGAGUGGGAAAAAACUGUGACAUUUCAAAACAAUCGUGCCAAAACAAUGUUUUGCUGCAAAGAACUUAAACUACUCUACGCCACUAUUGUUCUGUUACUCGAAGCUGAGUUGUUGGUGAACACGGGUGCUAUGGAGUCGAAGCGGUCUUCCUUGUUGGCGCAAAACGCCGAUGAAUUGAAAUCUUUGGAGCUAUGUAUUAGUAGGAAUCAGCAGAGACUGGGUAGUGUCUUUGGGAAUUAUACGAGACAUCACAAAAAGGGUCACAGAAGAAGAACAACCACCACAACACAAACUACAGUCAUUUACACGACGGCAGUCGACAAUGAGGACGACCUAACUAACCCCUUCACGACCAGCGGAACCCUUACCACCCCCCACCCCGUACUACCAAAGCCUCAAAGGCUAACAUCUUACAAAGACUACGAUGUACAUAUAGAUAAAAAUGCAAUUGAAGAUGAAAUAAGUGAGAUUAUAGAAGGUUAUAAGCACCAUGAGAAAUAUACAGAGCUAGAUGAAACAUCAUUAGCUAAAUCUUUAAGUAAAGUUAAGAAAAUGUACAGAGAUUCGGCGGGGUCAGCCGCUAAUAAGUUAAGUGGGAAGGUUGGGAAGACGGGUAUAUUUUUGACUGACAAUUGUACAACUGUUAUAGCGCAGAUAGGAACUACAGCUGUUUUGCAUUGUGAAGUUAGCGAUAUCACAGAGAACACGGUAACAUGGAUAAGAAAAAAAGACUAUUCGUUGUUAUCAGUGGGGCUGGUUACAUACAGCGCAGAUAACCGAUUUUUUUCUGCCCACGGCCGACAUGUGAAGGACUGGGCCCUCCACAUACGGUUCUCAACGUCCGCAGACGGGGGUUACUACGAGUGCCAAGUCCCAACCCACCCGCCUACGAGUAUCUUCUUUAAGCUCGUUCUCGUUGCUGCCUACGCCGAGAUAAUGGGUGAAUCCGAGAAAAUCAUCCACGAGGGCUCGAUGCUGAGGCUAGUGUGUGUGGUGCGGCGCUCCACCGAGCCGCCGUCAUACGUCUUCUGGUACUUCGAGAACAGAAUGAUCAACUACGACCUGAACGGCGUGAGCGUUCACAACGGGCGUCAGACCAGUGAGCUGGUGAUUGGGAAAGCGGAACCCCGGCACGCAGGAAACUAUACCUGUGUGCCAGCGAACGCCAAAGCUGCCUCGGUCACCGUACAUGUUGUACAGAGUGAAACCCCGGCAGCAAUGCAACACGGCAACAACUCCUCAGCCCGAACAACCAGCCUACACUUGCUGGCCAGCGGCUUCGUCUAUCUAUUGGCAUUAAGACUAUUGCUGACACAAAUAUCUUUAGAGUACGGAUAGUGAUAAAAGCGUAAAAUAGCAUUUUGUUAUCCCUUACCCAUAGUUGAGAAGAAAAGUAGUUCAUUUUCUUAAAUAAUUAAGGAUGGAUGCUGGUGUAAAUUGGGAUUUGUUUGAAAGAAUACUGGUCUGGACGGUGGUAUUCACUUUCUUUUGUGUACAGUAUCUGCUCAAUUUUAAUUUUAAGAUACGUUAAAUAUUACGUCUAGGUACGAUAUGGAUUAGAUACGUCAGUGUCCAAAGUGACGUUUCCUCAAACAAAGACAUCACUUUUGACACGGACAAUUUUGUAAUCCAUAUCGUAUCUAGACGUAAUAUUUGACGUAUUUUAAAGUUCGAAUCGGGCUGUAUGUCAUUUUAUUGCACAAACACAAUAUCUAACGAUCGUGUGUCUUGGUUUAAUUCUUACGAUAGGUACUUAAAUACAUAUUUAUACGUAAAAAAUAUUUUUUUUUGCAAUCAUGUUGUGUUUCAAUUUAGCUGCAAUUUAUGUUACUUAUUGUGAUUUUGAUAUUUUCGUGUUAGUUACUUAGCUUAAAUUUUAGCUUAGUUGAGCGAAUUAAUAAAGCGAGUAACGGUAACAUUCCAUUUCUGACCGCAGCGGCACUGCUGGUACUGAACGCGUCGCUGUUAUUGUCAAUUUCCAUAAUAAAAUGAACAGUAAGUCGUUGGAAAUGGACUGUCACCUUAAUGCAUUGAGCUACUUUUCUUUUUCACUACACCUUCACUGUUUAUAAAUAAUAAUUAUGAUCUGGUGUUAAAUAUGAUAUGGUGUUUUUCCAGCAAAUGUAUAACGUCUGUUUGUCAUUUUCUAGAAUUAUUUAUUAGGAAAACCAUAUAAAUUACCUAUAUUUUAGACGAAAUGUUAUAUUUAAAUGAUAUAAUACUGUUGUGAUUGUAUUUAUAUUAAUUAUCAGCAAUUUUUUGUUAUUAUUAGAAAGCCCUAGUACAUUUAGCAUUGCGUUAAAAACCAUAAAUUGUCGUGUCCUCAAUAAAAAGUUUUCUUUCUUACAUAGGAUUUUGGCUAUUAUAAUUAUGUGGUAAUUUAAAAUUGGAUUGCUGUAUUUUUAAAGAUGUAUUGCCAAUAAGUUAAACACGAUCAAAACUGUUUUUGAACUGUCUUCAUUUUAUAUACAAAAUUUGAAAAAUAAUUUUCGCUAGCAAUAAGAUUUUAUUAAAAUGCAAUAAACUGGCUGAAAAACACCAAAAUAUUUUUCAAGGUUUUAUCGUGUAUCACAGUUAAUAAAUAAAAGUAUACCAGUUGAGUACAAUAAUGUUAAUGUAAAUAAAUUGUGAAAUAAUUAGUAACAAUAAGUAUGUAUUAAGGGAAAUGUAAUUAUCGACACUUGGAUUUAAGAAUAAAUAAUAAUUUUGAAUUCAACGUGCCAA